CCGGGUCAUCUGGCGUUGGAUCGUCUGGCUCGACAGAGGGCAUCGGGUCACCAGGCAUGACAGCGGGCACUGGGUCACCAGGCGUUGGAUUGUCUGGCCCGGCAGCGGGCAUCGGGUCACCAGGCAUGACAGCGGGCACUGGGUCAUCAGGCGUUGGAUCGUCUGGCUCGACAGCGGGCAUCGGGUCACCAGGCAUGACAGCGGCACUGGGUCAUCAGGUACCGGAUCGUCUGGAUCGACAGCGGGCAUCGAGUCAACUGGCCUAAUAGGAUCAUCAGGCUGGAUCAGUUCAUCAGGCUGGGUAGAAACAUCAGGCUGAAUGGAGACAUCAGGCUGAAUGGA